AUGAAUAAUGGAAAAUUAAAUACGUUCAUUUUAUUUGGUGAUUUACUUUAUGAUAUGGGAGAAUAUAUUAAAUGUCGUAAUUAUUUUCAGAAUUUAUUAAGUCAUCAAUCUAUGCAAGAUUCAUCUAUUGUCAUUGAUAUUUACACAGGAUUAGGACAAGCAUUAAUUGGAACAACUCAAAUCGAUUUAUCACAAAAGUACCUUCAAGAUGCUUAUGAUUUAUCUCUCACUAUCGAAUCAUCUCCUGGUAGACGUGCUAAAAUAUUAAGUCGUAUCGGUGAUAUAUAUAGGUACCAAGGCAAAUUUAAUUAUGCACUGGAUUGUUGUUUCAAAGGAUUGAAGCUUCUUCGAAAAGAUACGGAGAAUAGAGUACUUAUUGCAUAUUUGCUAAGCAAAAUUGCUGGAGUGUAUUAUGAUAAAGGACAAGACGAUUUAUCAUUGGAAUACACGAAAAAAUCAUAUAAAUAUCUUGAAAAUUCGGCACCUGAAGAUCAUCCAUACAUGACUAGAUAUUAUAAUGAUAUGUGUAGGAUUCAUUAUCAUAAAGGAUCUUAUGAUCUAGCAUUAUAUUAUCAAGUAAAAGCGUAUGAAAACGAUAAAAAAAUCUUUCCUGCUGAUAACCACAUGUAUUUUAGUGUGGAUACUAAUAAUAUUGGUAAAUGCUAUUAUAAAAAAUACGAAUAUGAGCAAGCUAUGAUAUAUUUUCGACAAAGUUUGGAUAUAGCACGAAAAGUAUUAAAAAAUGAUGAUAAUUACUUAGACAUGGGCAUAGAAAUUAAUAAUAUUGGAAAAUGUUUCUACCGACAAAAAAAUUACUCCCAGGCAUUGAAACAGUAUCAUAUUAUGUUACAAUUAUUAGAAAAGGCUAAUUUAAAAGAUCAUGUGGAUAUGGCUUAUACAUUAAAAAAUAUUGGUGAAGUUUAUUUAGAUCUAUUAAACUUUGAUCUGGCAUUAGAUUAUUUUGAUCAAGCACUUUUUAUAUAUAAAAAGAUAUUUAAUGAUUUAGAGCAUCGUGAUAUAGCAAAAUGUUUAAAUCUUAUUGGACAAAUUUACUAUUAUAAAAAUACUAACGAUGAUGAAACAUGUUUAAAUUAUUACAAUAAAGCAUUAGAAAUAUGGAAAAAUGUUUUACCUUCUAAUCAUUGA